AUGUAUAUAGAGUGUUGUCAACCCUACCCCGCCCUCCACUGCUCCAGGCGCGGGCUCGGGGCUGGCAUGACAUCCAGGGCGGCGGCGCAGGCGCUCCGCCAAUUGUCAUCAGUGACAUGCAGACCGCCGAGCAUCCGUGCCGCGGUCACCGGCUUGGCGGCGGCGGGAAGGGCGGCGACGACGCGGACACAAUCGUCCGUGUCCGCGCAACAGACGGUCCGUCGACUGCUCCAGACGAGCGCGGAGGGCGUCGGCGGGUGCGGGAGCGGGGCGUUCAACGGAUCGCGGGCACGGACGGUGCAUCUCGUCAGGUCGCUGACAUCCAUGACCGUCGGACCGUCGGGCACGAAGAAGGCCCUGGCGAUGGCCAAGGCGCUGAUGCACGACGCGGAUGAGGAGAGGGGCCUGCUCGACGGGUGCGUGGAGGACAUCGACGACACAUGA